AUGUAUAUCAAGUUUAUCUUGGUGGCUCUCGUUAUAUUUGCUGUAGUUCAGGAUGCAAAUGGGAAGAAAUCAAAGAAGAAGCGUAUCAAUAAUGACGCCGUUGAAUCUACACCACAACCAAAUGUACUCACAUAUUCGACUUUUGGUUUCAAUGAUGCUGGACCUUAUGAUGGAUUUGUUCCUAGUUCACCGGAUUAUGCCAAUUACCUCACUAAGUCCCAAGAAUCUUCAACGCGCUUGUACGCGCCGGCGUUUCCUUCAGCUUUAGAUACAACAGGUUUGGGCAGCUACUACGACCCGCAGCCUGAAAUGGGAUCAUUUACUAUAAACAGCGGUAUGAAUGGAAAUGAGAAUCUGAAUCAGGGAGUAUCGAUAAAUUUUUUUACAUCUCCAAAUCACGACCUAAAUAAUAGUGAGGGCAAAGAAGUAAAUAAUCGGAAUAUUGAUGAUGUAAAUUCACCAAAAUAUGGAACUAAACUGAAUUCAAAAAGUAAGAACAAACAUUUUAAUAACAAUAAUAAUACGGAAUAUAAUAUAUUCGGUAGUGUUUCUUCUGUUAUAAAUGGAGAUAAUGCAGUAUACAAUAAAAAUGCAUAUAACAAUUACCCGAGUUUGCCUUCUGCGCCUACAUCUGUUGAAAACAAUAAGAUUGUAACGAUGUCGUCCCAUUCAAAUCCCUCUUCAUUAAAAUUCUCAAAAUUCGUGGAUUUUACCGAUGCUAAGAAUUACUAUCCGACAAGUGUGGAGAGCAAAUAUCAAGAGUCAAUGCAUAAACCGAUUGUUAUUGAACCGAUUCAAAAUAGUGAAGGCAAUGUUAAUUUUCAUUCUUUUCAAGAUAAUGAACGCAAAAUAGAGCAAUCUUAUAAAAAUAAACUAAAUAGUGAACAAGUGAAGCAAGAUAAAGAAAAAAACUCUUUUACAAAUGAAGAUGUGUCUAAUAGCUACGCAAAACAAAAAAACAAUUACAAAAUUAACAGAUUUAAGAGUGAUUUCAAAGAUAAAACUAAACCAUGGCAUGCAAAUUAUAAUAACGAGAAUAAUGGGAUGCGAAAUCCAAUGAAAGGGUACGAGUAUGCGACCAAUUACAGUGCUACUAGUUUUAAGUUUGAUUACGAAGAGCCAAAAAAAACAGUAAUAGCAGCAUUUAAUAGCAGCAUUGAUGAAAUUUCCCCUUCAAGCAGCAAUCUAGAUUUUGUCAACUAUCAAUCACCUGAAAAAGAAUUUUCUAAUUUUAAAAAUAUACAUAACAUUAAUUCUUUUGGUUUUGAUAACCAAGACACUUUUUCCGGUAAUUAUCGUGACAAGUAUAAACCUUCUGAGGACUACUUGAAUUCCUUUAAAAAUUUAUAUUCUUCGAUUCCUAGUACAACUUCUCAUUGGGGUAAUAUUUUCAAGAACGCUGAGUACUCUUCUUAUAAAAAGCAUCCUAGUAAACCUUAUUUUGAGGAUGAAAGCACAGAUGAUAUCGUACAUAUACCAAAAAGACCACAAAAAUAUAAGCACGGAAGAUAUACCGAUAUUAAAUUGGAUGAUUUGUUACUUUCAAAUGCCUACAAACCUCACAAGAUUAAUGAUAAUAAGCAAGAGUACGACUGGCCAAAAGAUUUCUUUAACACUAGAUUUAAAUCAGAAGAGGAUUUAUUAGGUCUCCGAAAUCACGAUACUUCGCAUCCAUAUCACUCAGCUCUCAAACCUAGUUACAAUGAUUUCGCGGAAGAAAUUGAUUACAAAAAGCUAACACAGAAAUGGAAACAAAAUUACUUGAGAUCUAAAUAUAGGGAUGCCAAUCGAGAAUACGAAAGUUAUGCAUCCGAGACUAAGCCGAUACACGUGCCACUUCCAAAGCCAUACCCGAUAGAAGUUCCACAUCCGGUAAUUGUUCCGGUACCGCAGCCUUAUCCGGUUAAGGUUCCGAUACCAAAACCGGUCGCAGUACCGGUUAUCCGGGAGUUAAAAGUGCCGGUCGAAAAGCCGAUGCCGUAUCCGGUCAUCAAAAAGGUUCCUUAUCCCAUAGAGAAGCCCGUUCCUGUACCUGUUGAGAAACAGGUUCACGUGCCAGUAAUAAAACCGUAUCCAGUGCAUAUUCCACAAAUAAGGCCAGUUUUCCACCAUACAAAACCGCAUGAUGAUCAAGAGUCAGAUUUCGAUGAAGAUGAGUAUAUUGCCCGACCAGAUACUAAGAAAGGAGUAUACAAACGACCAAAAAAUUCAAAUAAUAGGCCUCGCCCUUCUUCGAGAAGACCUUCGCGUAUGACAUAUCAAGAUCGUAAUAGAAAACGCGUUCCAAGCAAGAGACCUGGAUACGACCAAAGGCCUCGGAGACCUUAUCAUUCAGAGCAUCGACCACAAAAGUACCGUGACUUCGAAGAAUACGACAGUGAUACUGAGUUUGAUAACUAUUGCAAGAGAAGUGGUAGAUGU